AUGUGCCACGGUCGACUUAAAGUCGACUUUAACACAGCUGAUAAUAAUUGUUUCUAUAUUGGAGGACCAAAUGGGAGUGGCAAAAGCGCUCUUUUUGCUUCUUUGAAUAUAGGCCUCGGUGGACGAGGAAACGAUAACGAUCGUGGAUCUUCAGUGAAAACCUAUAUAAAAGAAGGUAAAAGCAAAGCAAGGAUCCGGCUCAUUCUAACUAAUCGUGGACUGGGUAGCCAUCCGGAUUAUGGAGAUUUUGUGGUAGUUGAACGAUCAAUCACUCCAACUGCUUCAACAUACGUUCUUAAAAGUAUUGUUGGUACAGGAAAAAACCAGCGUGAAACUAUCGUUUCGAAAAAGAAGGCUGACCUGGAUCAGCUCAGGAUACGGUACGGCAUUCAGCUCAGUAACCCUAUAUUUUGGAUGAGUCAAGAUAGAUCACGACAUUUCUUGCAGCAGAUGAGGCCUGAUAGGUUAUACAAGGUUAGCUUGAAACGUUAUUUAUUUAUUUAUGCCCCCAAUGGACGCGCUCACAGCUUAAGCAUUUCUAUAUAUAUAUAUAUAUAUAUAUAUAUAUAUAUAUAUAUAUAUAUAUAUAUAUAUNUAUUUAUUUAUUUAUUUAUUUAUUCAGGCCUCUCUGGUGGUGAGAGAUCAUUCACUACGGCAUGUUUCAUUAUGGCUUUGUGGGAGAUUAUGGAAGCACCGUUCAGGUGUAUGGACGAGUUUGAUGUAUUCAUGGAUAUGAUCAACAGACGCGUCAUUAUGGAUUUACUGGUGAAAUUGGCCACGGAGCAAUAUUCCCACAAUCAAUUUAUUUUCUUCACUCCUCAGGGAAUCAAGGAGCUUGGCGAACGAGAACGUGUUCAAGUGUUUGAAAUGCCGAAAGUUCGUGAUUGA